GUGAAACAUGCUGGAAACAGGGUAGAGACUCUCUUCAUGUUACUGUAAGUUUAUUAAACCCUUUAGUCAGCUGUCGAGCAGGAAGAAAACACCUGACAUGAUUUAUUAGCUUGUCCUCAGCUUGGUAAAUAUGUUGUCGUCGUGUUUGAGGAACGGGAGGAAAAUAUCUGCCCCUGCUGCUAAGUUGUUGUUUCCAACAUCCAGCAGACUGAAUUUGACAAGGGUGCGAUAUUUAUCACAACACCUGCCCGCCAGACUCCUCUCUCCUCCUCCAUGGCAUCUACUGAGGGAGUUAAGGGUCAGAUCAGUGUCUCUGUCUGCCUCCUCCAGGGGGGUUAAGGACCCUCCUGCCUCCUCCUCAGCUCCUGCAGACAGAGGGGAUUUUGGCUCUCUGUCUGCAGACAUGGCCUCCAGAAAGUCCUUCAGGAAAAGCAGCCCGUACCUCCAGGACCUGCGACACCGAGAGGAGGAAGGAGAGGAGGAAGAGGAGGAGGAGAGCCUGGUGAGGAGUAGAGAUGGGAGGAGAAACACACAGUACUGGUACUUCUUACAGUGCAAGAAGCUGAUUAAAGACAACAAGCUGCAGGAGGCUCUGGACAUGUUCAACAGAGACAUGCUGCAGGGAGAAAAGCUGCAGCCGGAGGAGUUCAACUACACUGUCCUGAUAGGAGGCUGUGCCCGAGCUGGACAACUCAAAAAGGCCUUAAAACUCUACAAUGAAAUGAAGAAACGAGGUUUAGAAGCUACAGAUGCAACGUACACCGCGCUGUUUAACGCCUGCGCCGAGUCGCCAUCCAAACAAGCCGGCCUGCAGCAGGCUCUGAAGUUGGAACAAGAACUCCGACGUAAAAACUACACCUUCAGCACGAUCACAUACCACGCCCUCCUGAAGGCGCACGCCGUCACCAACCACCUUCAAGCCUGUCUUCACACGUUCAGGGAGAUGCUGCAGAACGGCCACGCUGUAACUCAGGAGACGUUUCACUACCUGCUGAUGGGCUGCUUGAAGGACAAAGACGUAGGAUUCAGACUGGCUUUACAGGUUUGGCGCCAGAUGCUGAAAUCAGGGAUUCUUCCAGACUCUAAGAACUACAACCUGCUCUUGCGGACUGCGAGGGAUUGUGGGAUUGGAGAUCCGGCCCUGGCCUCCGGUGUCCUGCUGAGUGCUGACACGGACUAUCGGAAAGAGAGGGGACGCAAGUCACGUGUGAAGUCAGACUCCAGACGCACAAAUCUAAUAGACGUUGACUCUUUGGAGAGGCAGUUGUUUAUCCAACCUGAUUCACAUAGUGACGGUCGGCAGGGCGACGGGGACAGCGAGGAGGCUUCCCAUAGUAGACAGGACUCUACUCAGCUGGUACCAGUCACACAAAGAGAAAAAGUCCCACUACCUGUUGACUUAGCGGAUGCUUCUAAAGCCCCGAACCUACUGGACAUUUUUGAGGGGAAAAGGGUUGGCGUGAUCUCUUUAGGCACCGUUGAGCAAGCGUCUGAUAGACUCGCCCUGAUUGGAGGAGGCGAAGGUUUCCUGGAGAAGAUGGCAGCCAGCAGACUCAAGCCAGACCUCAGGACUCUCACCCUGUUGGCCGAUACGAUGGAGCCAAGCUACCAGUCUCUGCAGAUGCUGUUGAAGGUCGCCAAGCAGCAUCAGGUGAAGCUCGACAUCGCCUUCUUUAACUCUGUGAUUCGCCGAGCAGCCAGAGCCGGUGACCUGGAUGGAGCAAAGUCCGUGUUGAGUGUGAUGCGACAACGCCACGUAAGUGUGAACGUACAGACAUUCGGGAGCCUCGCGCUGGGCUGCGAGCGACAGAAAGACGGCCUGCAGCUGCUGGCAGACAUGCAGGAGGCGGGAUUAAGGCCUAACGUCCAGGUGUUCUCUGCUCUCAUCGGCCGAGCGAUCCGUCGACUGGAUUACGUCUACCUUAAAACACUCCUCAAAAGCAUGAGCGACAUGCAGGUGUGGCCCAAUGAGGUCAUCAUCAGACAGCUGGAGUUCGCCACACAGUAUCCUCCUAACUACGACCAGUACAAAUCCAGAAACAACUAUCUGGUUCACAUUAAUGGUUUCCGAGGUUACUACCAGGAGUGGCUGAGAGCGAUGCCUGCUCACAGCGCUGAGGACGAGCAGGCUGCGGAGCUGCAGGCUCAGACGGAUUCUGCCGUGUUGAAAACAGAAGGUGGAGAUGUGCUGACAGAAGCUGAGAGGAAACAGAGAGCAGCAGCGAGGAGAUAUAAUACUCGUAACAAGGACAAGAGGAGCAGAUCUUCAUCAGCUCUGUAACUGCACUGAGAAUAUCUCUGAAGUCUCACCUGGACUCUGUUGGUGUGUCUGCAAACAGCUGCGUCAUGGACUUUCUCUUUGUUAAUUUAUUUUCUAAAAAAAAUUAUGUUAUUGUUAUUAAUAUUACAUGAAAGUCAAUUCUAAGUUAAAGGAAAUGAGUCUUGAGACAUUACUCGUCAUCUCGGCUGUCUAU